GAUAUGUGUCAUUGUGCUUGAUUAAAUAUCUAUGAAUUGUUUGAUUUCAAGAUCUACUUGCUAUGGUUUAAGGAUUAUUACAUCCCUGAGAUCCUGGCUACUGUUGAAGCCAGGUUGUUUGAUCUAACAUAUUCCUUUAGUAGAACCACUUUUAGUUUUUAUAUGAUAGAUACAUUUCUUUUAACUUUGUUUUAUUUAUAUUUGGAUGAUUGGAAAAGUUGCGUGUUAUUAGAAAGGUCUUUUACCAUCUUUUAGUGGAAAUUGGAAAGAGCUUAUCCAAGAGCGUGAAAAUGAUUUGAAGGUUUAGCUGUUUGACCACCCCAAGAUUUAUUUUAGAGUUAUUGGUUAAAGAACUUAUUGGAAAUGCUUCUUUGCUCUCUGAUUUCUUUCAAAAUUAGUUUAAACAUCCAAUGAACACCAUUUUAUUGAAGGGAUCAACUUUUACAUUAGACACCAAAAUGUCAUUCAUGGUCAGAUAUAAGUGUUGAGUUAUACUUUUGAUUCCCUGGUGGGAUGUAAUUUGCAGCCCCAUUCUAUAGGGGCAUAAUGUUGUUGAAGCUUGAUUCCCUGGUGGAAGUUUGAGCCUUGGAUUUGUCCCUGCAAGCAGCGUUUGAAUUUCUCAUAAAAUAACAUAAUUUAUCUUUGUUCUUUUACCUGGGUUCUUUAGAGCAACAAGCCAUCAUUAUUCUCCUUCCUCCCGAUUCUUGUUCGAAAAGAGGAACAAACACCACAACCCUAAUUCGGGUUGUUUUGAAAACUCAGCAAUAAGGAAGUGCAAACAACAAUAUUGAUCUUUCUUUUUAAAUCUGAACUCUUAGAGGAAGAAUAUGGAUACCUCAAGUCCUGCAGUUUUUGUCAAUGGGGAAUUGCUUCGUAUGUUUAUUGGGCGGAAAGUUCGCAUAGUUGUUCAGGUGAUGCAAUCAGAUGCAGGAUCUAUAAUCGGAAAAUCAACUGAUAAUCAACAGGUUAUCACUAAGAACUCACAACCAACUCAGCCACUCACCACAUAUGUUGAGGCUAUUGGUAUAGCAGACAGUAACCAAUCUGUUCGUGCUGAGAUAUUGACCAACUUUGGUGAUAAUUUUGAUGCACAGAACUAUAAUGAGCUAUGCCAGCUUGCUAACGGGGAAUAUAAACACUUGUUCCUUUAAGGCUUUGAGCUAUGGACUUUGGUUAACUAUUGAUGGCCUGUUCUUUUACUCUAGCUCUUAAUCAAUGUAGUUUCGGUUUAUCUAGAACUAAUAGCGGUUUUUCAGUAAGCUUAAGCAACUUUGAUCUGUUCAUCUAAAAAAUCAGUGGAACGUUUAGUUUAGUAUAUUAAAUUUUAAUUGUAUGUUUUAAAAGCAUUUUCUUUACAUUACAAGUUGUGUAGUCUACAACAUUGAAGCCAAACAUGAAUCUUCCAACCGUUUCAAGGACUGAAGAAAACGACCACGUAACAUCAGGGAGUCUUGAAUUGGAAUCACUCACCGAUGGAAAGAGAUAUUGACAAUUGAGAAUGAAGUGUCUCAAAUCAGUAUUUUAGUUUGUUAUUUUAAUUAAUUAUUACUUUGUUUCUUGCUAGGAAGUCAAUCCAUUUCAUGUAUAUAUAACAAAGAAGAGGGGAAAAUUAAUUCAAUAUCAUGUAUGUAUAAGAAUAGCACGAGACGAUUUCAAUAUGAGACGAAUAGCUUAAUCACCCCAAUUAUAAUUUUUUUCUCAAUAUGCGCUCAAUGCUU